AUGAACUUUGCGGAUGUGGCCAUUGCCUUUUCCCAGGAGGAGUGGAGGCUCCUUGAUGAGGCUCAGAGACUUCUGUUCUGUGAUAUGAUGCUGGAAAUCUUUGCCCUUGUAGCAUCUGUGGGUUGUCGGCAUAAAACAGAAGAUGAGGAGGCCCCUUCUGAGCAAUGUGUAUCUGUAGGAGAGUCACAGGUGGGGGCUUCUAAGACAGCUCCAACAACUCAGAAGACCCAUCCCUGUGAGCAGUGUGUCUCAGUCUUGAAAGAUAUUUUGCACCUAACUGAGUUCCAAGCAGCAUACCUUGAACAGAAAGCAUUCUUCAGUGACCUGUGUAUGAGAGACUUCUGUUUCAAGGCAGACCUCCACCAGCAACAGAGGCCUGCCAAUGGAGAGAAGCCCUGGAAAGGACAUAUGGACAGGGUCUCCUUUGUGACCAGGUGCAACUUUUACAUAUCAGGGGCACCUUUUAACAGUAGGGAGAUUGGGGAGGACUUCCCAGCCAUCUCAAGCUUUCUCCAGCACCAGGCGACUCCUAACACUGAAGAACCACACAGUGUCAGUGAGACUGGGCAGACCUUUUAUGGUAGAAAAACUCAUUACUCAUCAGGUGCAUGUGAAGAAGCUGCCAGCCACAGCCAGAAACUUGUUCACCGUCAGAGUGUCUGCUCUGGAGAAGAGCUUUAUGAGGGUAGUGAACGUGGGAAGGCCUUCAGACAAAUUUUGAACCUCAUUCCACAUAGGAGAGUUCAUACUGGAGAAAAGAUGCACAAUUGUAGUGAUUGUGGAAAGUCCUUUAGCCAAAGCUCUAGCCUUAUUCAACACCGGAGAAUUCACAAUGGACAAAAGCCAUAUGAAUGCACUGUUUGUGGGAAAUGCUUUCGCCACAAAUUUGUCCUUGUUCAACAUCAGAGAAUUCACACUGGUGAAAAACCUUAUGAGUGUAAUGAAUGUGGGAAGUCUUUUCGUCUUUCCUUUUUUCUCAUCAAACAUCAGAGAAUUCACACUGGUGAAAAGCCUUUUGAGUGUAGUGAUUGUGGGAAGUCUUUCAGACAAAGCGGUAAGCUCAUUGAGCACCGCAGAGCUCACACUGGUGAAAGGCCUUAUGAGUGUAGUGAAUGUGGGAAAUCUUUUAGUCGCAAAUAUCAUCUCCUAACUCAUGGCAGAGUUCACACUGGAGAAAAACCUUAUGAGUGUAAUGAUUGUGGGAAGUCUUUCAGCCAAAGUACUGGCCUCGUUCGUCACCAAAGGGUUCACACUGGAGAAAAGCCGUUUGAGUGCCGUGUUUGUGGGAAAUUCUUCCGCUGCAAAUCUAUUCUCACUAAACACCAGAGAGGUCACACUGGAGAAAAGUUAUAUGAGUGUAGUGAAUGUGGGAAAUCCUUUAGUCAACAGUGGUGCCUUAUUGAACAUCGUCGAGUUCAUUCUGGAGAAAAACCAUAUGAGUGUGGUGAAUGUGGGAAAUGUUUUAACCAGAGCUCGAACUUGGUUAAACACCGGAAAAUUCACAAUGCUAAUAGACCUUAUGAAUGUACUAAGUGUGGGAAAUAUUUUAGCUGCAAAUCUUCCCUUUUUAGACAUGAAAGAGUUCACACUGGAGAAAAGCUAAAUGAAUGUCUUGUAUGUGAGAAGUCCUUCAGCCAAAACUCUGCCCUCCUGCAACACCAGACAGUUCACACUGGAGAAAAGCCCUUUUGAGUGUAGUGAUGUGGGAAGUGUUUCAGACAAAGCAGUAAGCUCAUUGAUCACUACAGAGGUCACAUUGGGAAAGGCCUUAUGAAUGUAAUAAUUGCAGGAAGAGUUGUAGACAAAGCUCUAGCCUUUCCCAAUACAUCAAACUCCAUAUUAGAGCAAAGUUUUAUGAGUGAAACAAAUGUGGGGAA